GUCAGAGCGCAUGCUGCACGGAGAAGGGAGGUACGGACUGUACUGCACGGUCUUUUUAUAUUUCGUAUGAGCACAACGCCUUGAUUUGUGAAGAUGUGGACGGCUAUAGGGAAACUGCUGCUUUUACAUAUGAUACUCGUGGGGUUUCUGCUGGUAAACGGAAAUAACCCGGACUGUGAAAGCGGUCAGUUUCAAUGCAGGAAUGGCAGGUGUAUCCCGACUCCAUGGAGAUGUGAUGAUGAUGAUGACUGCUCGGACAACAGCGAUGAGGAGAAUUGCCCAAAAAAGACAUGUGCCACAACAGACUUUGCAUGUAAGAAUGGGCAGUGUCUCCCGGCCCGAUGGAGGUGUGAUGGAGAACCGGAGUGUCCAGAUGGUUCGGAUGAAGCAGACUCCACCUGCAGUCGACAGACGUGUCCACCAGAGAAGUUUGACUGUGGUGGCUCGACGAGCAAAUGUGUGUCAGUGUCAUGGCGCUGCGAUGGUGAACAGGACUGUGAAAAUGGAGCAGAUGAGGAGCAGUGUGCUGCAGAUGCCAAGGCUUGCCCUGCUAAAGAGUUCCAGUGCCGUAAUCGUCUGUGUGUGGCUCCCACGUUCGUCUGUGACGGGGAUGAUGACUGCGGCGACGGCAGCGAUGAGGAGAAGUGCACGGCAGCCACCGCCAGCACCUGCGGGCCACAUGAGUUUCGCUGUAACGACUCGGAGUGUAUCCCAGCGCCGUGGAGCUGCGACGGAGACCCCGACUGCAGAGACAAGUCGGACGAAUCUCUGGAGCAUUGCAGCCGCAGGACAGAGCCUCAAAAAAACCACUGCACUGCGGGAGAGUUUCGGUGCAGGAGUGGAGAGUGUAUUCACCUCAACUGGAAAUGCGACGGAGAUGUAGACUGCAAGGACAAGUCUGAUGAGGCCAACUGUCCUGUGCUGACCUGUCGUCCUGAUGAGUUCCAGUGUGGCGAUGGCUCCUGCAUUCACGGCACUAAACAGUGUAACAAAGUGCACGACUGUCCAGAUUUCAGCGACGAGGCUGGCUGCAUCAACAAAACCACCAAAUGUGAAGGUCCUCUGAAGUUCAUGUGUAAGAGCGGGGAAUGUAUCGAUAGCAGUAAAGUGUGCGACAGUAUCAAGGACUGCAAGGACUGGUCUGAUGAGCCUGUGAAGGAGUGCGGUCUGAAUGAAUGUGCCAUUAACAAUGGAGGCUGCUCUCACAUAUGUAAGGACCGGCAGAUCGGCUAUGAGUGUGAAUGUCCCUCGGGCUACAAGCUCCUGGACAAGAAGACUUGUGGAGACAUAGACGAAUGCGAGAACCCUGAUGCCUGCACUCAAAUAUGUAUCAACCUCAAAGGCGACUACAAAUGUGAAUGCUAUGAGGGUUACGAGAUGGACCCGGUUACCAAGACGUGUAAAGCAGUGGGUAAGAGCCCAUAUCUUAUGUUUACUAACCGCCAUGAAAUCCGGCGCAUUGACCUGCUGAAGAAGGACUAUACGCAGGUAGUGCCAACCCUGAAGAACGCCGUGGCCCUAGAUGUGGACGUGACCACCAACAAGAUGUACUGGUGUGACCUCUACCAUCGCAAGAUCUUCAGCGCGUACAUCAGCAAAGCCAGCGAUGCUUCUCAACAGUUCACGCUCAUAGACACUGCGCUACAUUCCCCAGAGGGCUUAGCAAUGGACUGGGUCCAUAAGAACAUCUACUGGACCGACUCUGGACACAAAACUAUCUCUGUGGCGACUGGCGAUGGCAAGAAGAGGAAGGUGUUGAUCGACACAGAGCUUGGGGAACCGCGUGCCAUCGCCGUUGACCCAAGACAAGGGUUCAUGUACUGGUCAGAUUGGGGAACGCAGGCGAAGAUUGAGAAAGCCGGAAUGAACGGGGUAGAUCGGCAGGUUCUGGUUUCAGAGAGGAUUGAGUGGCCCAAUGGGAUUGCACUCGACCUGUCUAGUAGACGACUCUACUGGGUGGAUUCCAAGCUCCAUCUCAUCUCCAGUGUGGACCUGAAUGGAGACAACCGUAGAGUUUUGCUGUCCUCCAUGGAUCAUCUCGGACAUCCCUUUGCCCUGACUCUUUUUGAGGACCGGGUUUACUGGACAGACUUGGAGGCUGAGGCCAUCUACAGUGUAAACCGGCUGACAGGGCAUGAUGUGGCGAUGCUGGCUCAACAUCUCAACAACCCUCUGGAUGUGGUGGUGUUCCACGAGCUCCGGCAGCCUCAAGCUCCAGAUACAUGCAACAUGGGGAGUUUGCCCAAUGGAGGCUGUGAGUACCUGUGCCUCAGAGCUCCUCAGAUCACAGACCACUCGCCCAAGUACACGUGUGCCUGUCCUGACAGCAUGGAACUGGGCCCAGACAUGCGCCGCUGUGUGACAGUCAAACCCAAAACGACAACUUCUGCAAGUACAACCACUAUUACGACACCAGAACCUUCUACUACUGUGACUCCUACAACCACCACUCCAGCUACAAACACCGAUACAGCUACAACAACCAGUACAAUCUCCACAACUACACCUAUAGCUACAGUAUCAAGUACAACCACCAUCAGCCCCACCACAACCACUCAUUCCAGCUCACGUCAUUCCACCAUCACACACACCUCAGCCACUUCAACCCUAGUGACCACUCAGUCUAGCACUACAUCACCAUGGAAACAGUCAACCUCCACCCAGACGACAGCAGAUCACAGACAGACAUCUACAACCAUCACCCACGGCAACAGCAUACAAGGUGCCAAUGGCAAUCUCUCUCACCGCGCUGGCAGUGGAAAUGACCACUUCCUCCUUGGUAGCAAUAUAACCGUUGCGGUUCUGGGUAUAGUCAUUCCAAUAGUUCCUAUCCUUGCCACAGUGAUCAUCGGCCUGAUGUGUACCGGAGGCUACCUGGUGUGGCGCAACUGGAGGAGACGGAACACCAAGAGCAUGAACUUCGACAACCCCGUUUACCGCAAGACCACAGAGGAUGACGACGACGAAAUCCACAUCGGCCGCAGCGAGCAGAUCGGCCACGUCUACCCUGCACGCGUGGCGCUCAGUCCAGACGAUGACGGAUUCCCCUGAGGGCGAUUCUUGUAGUUGCUCUCUCCUUCUCCGUCCCUGAAUCCAUGCGUCCUUUAGUCCUCCAUCUCUCCUUCCAUCGAGGAGGUCGCAUGAGACAACGCAGCAAGGCACAGAGAGCCAAAAGGACACAAGAGCACUUGCUCUGCACAGCCAAGAGCUACAAACUGGUCACUCGAGUCAGAUUUGACCCUUCUAAGAGAUCUGCAGCCACUAUCUGGAGAUGAAGGGUUUCACCUCCCAGUUUUGAGAGCACUGCAGGGACUCGCCACGCUGCUCCUUCACCCCACUCCACUGUGACUAACAUUCGUAAUAUCCGUAACUCCUCCUCAUCACUGUCUACCUGUCAUCCCCAUCGGCCCAACAUUGCUUUUGAAAGGGCUACCAUUCUUUUAAAAUGGACGAUACACUGGACAAUACGCUGGAACCUCUCCUGGAACAGUGCUCUUUAGUUUGGUGGACUUGUAGAGCUGAACCGCUGAUGAGUCGGGCCCUCCACACCCAUGGGUAACAUUCCCGUCUGUUCUCUUUGUGACCUGUGUGAAAAAAAAAAGACCUGUUUUGGUUUGCCCCUAUGAGAUCAUGUUGACAUGAUGUAUAUUACUUGAACUGUUCAUUUUUUGUAUGGUUUGUAGGGGGAGGAAGGAGGGCCUGUUAUUCCUGUCAUUUGAGGAAACAUGCGUCCCGGUCAUUCCAUUGCUGUAUGGAGACAUUUGUACACUGUUUGUUGCACAAACUUUUUCAAGAAGCCUUCUGCACUGUGUAAAUGAUUACAUAGGAUGGGGGGAAGGGUAGCCGUUGCUGUCAAAUGAGUCUGAAUCAUGAUUUGUAAAUAUGUUUUCAUACAGCAAAACUUUUGAUAAGGUUUUAAACAUUUCUUGUAAAAAGAAGAUGUGUAUAUUAGUCUCCUGGACAAAAAAAGAGUGUAGACCAUACAUGGAUUUAUUUGUACUCGAGAGCACUGGAUUUCUUUACUACUUGAUUGUAACUAAAAAUUAAUAAUCUGCCAAAGUGUUUGUUUUUUUUUUUCUUCCUCCUGGUCUUAAUUUGAUUUUGGCUUUUUAACCGUAAACAUUGCAGAAAUAGUGUUUAAUUUGUAUUUGUACAUUUAUUUAAUAGAUAAAUUAAAUUGUAAUUCUAUUUAAUAGGUUACACUCAGUGUUGAAAGAGAGGGUUACAGUUUAAUUUAUUGGUGCCUUGUAUGUGUUCAUGUAUAUUUUCCAAUAAUGUUAUGUUUUGUUUGCUUUUCUGGUGUCUGUGUCAGUGGGUCAGAGGUGGUGGGAAUAGGGAGGGGGUUUUAACAUUAGCAAAACUGUACUUACAUGGAAUAUCUGUACUGUAUGCCAAAAUGGUCUCA